AGCCCGGGCUGGCCCCGGGCAGGAUUCAUGAAACCCGCCUGGUAGUGUGCUCCUGCUGCGCCCCGUCGCGAUGACGACCGGGUGGUUCGGAGAAUCAUGGACAAGCGACCAGUCCCAGAUGAUUACGCUCUCUGUGGUGAUGAUGUCCAUCGUCGGUCUGUGUCUCUUGUGCUGGUGGACGGACAUAUACAGAAUCCUUCCAGGUUGGGGGCCAAUCCGCAAGUUCGAUGCUGACGCCAGCGAGGACAUGCGAUUCCGGCAGUCUGCAAUACACCGUCACGCCGCCUCCCUGGAGGCGGGCAGGCUGGCGCAGCCUCAGGAGAAGGCCGUGUACGGCAGCAUCGGCAGGCCUACAUGGGGUACCUGCGAGUCGGGGAUACGCUCAUCGAUGCCCUUCAACCAUCCGGUCCUGGGCCCGGUGAGGGUCCGCGACGGCUUCGACCAGACGCAGAAGAUGCGCACGGCGUGCGAGUGGUGGGGCAAGGACGAGCAGUACUUUAUGGCUCAGAGUGGCGUCCAAGCUCCUCCGCUGCGCAUCAACGAGCACUACGUCUCCUGCACCAACAACAUGCAUGGCUGAGACGCGGCCAGCUCGUAGUCCUCUCUUUUUCCCCUCGACAUCUCCUCCAUCCUGAUGUUCC